UUUGCAGCUGGAAUUGUGAUUCCUGUUACUGCAAGUUAAUUGGUACAGCAGCUUUAUCGAUCAGAUAAUCAAAUGAUGAAUAGGCAGUACAGUACAUCUAGAACUGACCGCAAAACCAUAGAGAAAAACAGAAGGGAACAAAUGAAAGCCCUAUUCUCCAAGCUCAAGUCUCUUCUACCCCAUCAAAGUUCGAGGGAAGUAGCAUCGCUGCCGGAUGAACUAGACAAAGCCGUGAAUUACAUCAAGAAGUUGCAGAUCAACUUGGAGAAAAUGAGAGAGAAGAAAGACAGCCUAAUGAGAGUAGCUAAGAUCAUUAAAAAUAAAAAUGCAGGCUUUGUUGGUGGACUUACUGAUGGAGGGUUAAAAUCACCACAGAUCGAGAUUCGUGAAUUGGGUUCAGCUCUACAUGUUGUUCUGAUAACUAGGUUGGAUUGUCAAUUCAUGUUUAGAGAGUCGAUUCGCGUGCUUAAUGAGGAGGGAGCUGACAUUGUUAAUGCCAGUUUCUCAGUUGUUGAAGAUGCCAUUUUACACAUAAUACAUUCUAAGAUUGGCGAGUCUGCACCAACCACAGUAGCUGCAAGGGUAUCUGAGAGACUAAGAAAGUUUGUGAAUGGAUCUAGUACUAUUGCAUUUUGAGCAUUACAUGAUCACUCAUUGUUGCUACAUAUAUAGGUUUUGCAAGUUCUUUUGGUCAUGAUCAACUGCGUGUAUGAUCAAAGAAUUAAGUUCAAAUGCCGCCUUGGGUGAUAUCUGAAGCUGUAGUAUUGACCUUCAUCUUGAUCGGAAGCUUUUACGUACUCUACGAAUGUCUGGUAGAAGCAGUAGUGUUCACUCACUGAAUAUGAAUAAAUUAUUUUGUGUUCCUCGCUCGUACUGUUUGGUGAUAAAAAUCAAGGAUGCAGUCAAAUCUACAUGAAAGUUUCACUUCCCUAUG